UUGUUUAGUUACAUAUUGAUAUUAUACGUAUAAACAAACUAUAUUAAACUAAACUACGUGAAUAACAUACGUAUUUAAAAAUCUAUAAUAUCUAAUUCUAAAAGGCCGUGACAGGAUAAGGGAAAGGGAACAUCUUGUGCCAUAAUAGCUUUUCGGUCUGUUUUUUUCCUGAGGAUGUGUCACGUCAUUAUCAAGUGCUAUAUAUACUGAAUUUCAGCAUUCGCCUCUUGUUAUUUUUGAAUAAAUUUUUUUAAAAUGAAUUUUCAUGAAUAUUUCCAUUUGAAUGGAACGAAUUCUUUUGUGCUUUACACGUGUGCUGCCCUUAGUUGAGACCCGCAAUAAGUAUGUCAUUAUAAACAGGUUAAGACUGCACAAUAUAAAAUAAGUUUUUGGCAAAUAUUUCAUUUUUGGUACAAGCUUUUAUCAAUGAAUGUACUUUUCUUUCCACACGCAACUAAUACUUGCAAGAUUUGAUUACAGACAACGGGACAGGUGAAACUAAGUAAAAGCUUGUAAAAUAACACUACAGGUGUCAAUAUUGUUAAAAAAAAACUUCUAAAACAGAGACACCACCAUUUUGUCCACUAAUAAUGCAUGUGCUAUACCAUAUAUUUCAUCCAAGCUUUUAACAACGGUGCAGCAUGAUGGUAUUAUUUAAAAAAAGUUGGUAAGUCCCCUUCAUGUACUAAAAAUGUAAUUAAAUCCAUCAUAUUGAACCUUUUCGCAUAUGUGUAUCAAUACUUUUAGCAAUUAUACAUUUUUUAUUUUUUUAUAUUGACACAUGUAUUUUUAUUUUUUAUUUUGACAACUCGAAAAUUUAUUGAUUUAUUUGCAAACGUUACUAACUGACGUGUGCACAAAAUGCCUCCUCGAGUGUGAUGUAUACUGGUAAUAUUGAACUCAUAUAAAAAAAAACAUCUAGGCCCAAAGUCCAGACAGGAAAAUGUCGAGAGCGUUUGUAAUUAUGGCGACAUUGGUGGCUACGGCUCUGGCUUACCCUGGUGGCGGUAGCUUCGGUGACUACGGAAGUCACGGACAUGGCGAUCACUACGAUGAUGGCCAUCACGAUGGCCACUACGAUGGCCACGGCCAGGGCCACGAUGGUUUCGGAGGCGGCCACGGAAGCUAUGGCCACGGAGACUACGGCCACGACAGCCAUGGCCACGGAGGUCAUGAAGGUUUUGGGGGCCACGACCAAUACGAUCAUUACGAUACCGGAUAUGGACAUUAUCAUUAACCUUUCUUGUGUGUAGAAUUGUGUAUGUAUAAUUAAAAUAGUGAUAGUGAACGACUUUAACUUAAACUAGCAAUAAAUUGUAGGAUAUUAAAAAUGUUUUAUUUGAAUCCUUCAAUCCAGGAGCCUCAAGAAUUAAAAGGAUAAUAUUAACAUUAGGAGCCCUUUGAAGGUAUGAAACCUGAAGGUAAUUAGGUAAACAUAGAUUUCAAAAUUAGCUUCCUGCAUGUUUUUUUUGGAAUUUAAUCAUAAUUAGAAUUACGUAUGCUUUUAAUUUAUAUUAUCUCUCGCGUCGAAUGAUGAUUUCUAUAACAGUUCCUUCAAAUGUUUUUCUCUUCAAUAGCUAACCCAACGAAUUAAUUAAUUUAAUUAGAUAAAUUAUUUAGGAAAUAUGUUUUUACCGUAUUGUUAUUUCCUAAAAGAUACAUGCCAAGUAAAUUAAUGUGCUAAACUUCUAAUAUAUAUCUACAUACAUUUACGUGACAGCUACCUGCUCCAUAUAAAAAUCAACUGUAAUAAAAAAUAUGUA